GCCCGCGGCGCCCGCGCGACCAUGCAAUGGCGAGCGCUCGUCCUGGGGCUGGUGCUCCUCCGGCUUGGCCUCCACGGAGUGCUGUGGCUCGUCUUCGGGCUGGGGCCCAGCAUGGGCUUCUACCAGCGCUUCCCGCUCAGCUUCGGCUUCCAGCGCCUGAGGGGCCCAGACGGCCCCGAGUCUCCCGCCUCGGGCUGCGGCCCGGGCCACUGGGGCUACGUGCUGGGCGGCCGGGGCCGCGGCCGGGACGAGUAUGAGAAGCGCUACAGCGGCGCCUUCCCGCCGCAGCUGCGCGCCCAGAUGCGCGACCUGGCGCGGGGCAUGUUCGUGUUCGGCUACGACAACUACAUGGCGCACGCCUUCCCCGAGGACGAGCUCAACCCCAUCCACUGCCGCGGCCGAGGACCCGACCGCGGGGACCCUUCAAAUCUGAACAUCAAUGAUGUCCUAGGGAAUUAUUCACUGACUCUUGUUGAUGCGUUGGAUACACUUGCAAUAAUGGGAAAUUCAUCCGAGUUCCAGAAAGCAGUCAAGUUAGUGAUCAACACAGUGUCAUUUGACAAAGAUUCCACCGUCCAAGUCUUUGAGGCCACGAUAAGGGUCCUGGGAAGCCUUCUUUCUGCCCACAGAAUAAUAACUGACUCCAGGCAGCCCUUUGGUGACAUGACGAUUAAGGAUUAUGAUAAUGAGUUGUUGCAUAUGGCUCACGACCUGGCCGUGCGGCUCCUCCCUGCCUUUGAAAACACCAGGACAGGGAUCCCCUACCCUCGGAUAAUUGUUGAAACACUGUAUGUUCAGGAAGCUCUGACCACCCAUGCUGCUGAUAGGACCGAUAAAGACGUGAGCGCCACUCAUUCAUCCCUCCUCUUUCCUGUGAGGGACAAAAGCAAUGUUGUGAACAUUCAGACGGGCCAUUGGGUCGGAAAGCAGAGUGGCUUGGGUGCCGGACUGGACUCCUUCUAUGAAUACCUCUUGAAAUCUUACAUUCUCUUUGGAGAAAAAGAAGACCUAGAAAUGUUUAAUGCUGCAUAUAAGAGUAUUCAGAACUACUUAAGAAGAGGUCGGGAAGCCUGUAACGAGGGGGAAGGGGACCCGCCCCUCUACGUCAACGUGAACAUGUUCAGCGGGCAGCUGAUGAACACGUGGAUUGACUCUCUGCAGGCGUUCUUCCCAGGACUGCAGGUUCUGAUCGGAGACGUGGAAGAUGCCAUCUGCCUGCACGCCUUCUACUACGCCAUAUGGAAGCGCUACGGGGCCCUCCCCGAGAGGUACAACUGGCAGCUGCAGGCCCCCGACGUGCUCUUCUAUCCGCUGAGACCCGAGCUGGUGGAGUCUACGUAUCUCCUGUACCAGGCAACCAGGAAUCCCUUCUACCUCCAUGUAGGAAUGGACAUUCUGCAGAGUCUGGAAAAGUACACAAAAGUCAAGUGUGGCUACGCUACGCUGCAUCAUGUCAUCGACAAAUCCAAAGAGGACCGGAUGGAGAGCUUUUUCCUCAGCGAGACCUGUAAAUACUUGUAUCUGCUCUUUGAUGAGGAGAAUCCAGUACACAAAUCUGGAACCAGAUACAUGUUUACAACUGAGGGACACAUUGUAUCUGUGGACGCACAUCUCCGGGAGUCACCCUGGAAGGAGUUCUUUUCUGAAGAGGGAGGGCGCGACCCAGUGGGAAAGUCGGGGCACAGACCGAGACCUCAUGAGCUAAAAGUCAUCAACUCCAGCUCCAAUUGCAAUCGUGUUCCUGACGAGAGGCGAUAUUCCCUGCCCUUAAAGAGCGUCUACAUGCGACAGAUUGACCAGAUGGUUGGCUUGAUUUGA